AUGAGGGAUUACUUAGUUAAAUAUGAUAAAUAUUUAAAGUAUGAUGUCUCUAUAAUUGUAGAAAAUGAGGAAGAAAAAAAUAAAAAUUUAAAGGAUGAAAAAAAUACAAAAGAUAAAAAUAUUGUAAGAGUUAUUGAAGAAAUAAGAAAGAAUUUAAAAUCCAAUGUACCAUAUAAAAACGAUAGUAAAAAUAUUUUCUUCAAUGAUCCUAUUUAUCAUUUUUUCCCUAGCAAAAGUACAAAAAUAAAAAAUGUAGAGAGUAUCUCCUAUGUUUCUAGAGUUGCAAAUAAAGAAGAUACAUUAAUAUGCAUUAAAAAAAUUUAUGAGGUUAUUGCUAAUAUGUAUGCAGAAAAUUUUGUAAUAAAAGAAGAUUUUUUAAAUGAUCUAUUAAAUAUUUUUAUGGAAUUAUGCAGACAGGUUUCAGUUAUGUGCUUCCAAAGAGGAUUCAUUUUAAAACAAUUGUUCAAUUAUAAUGUUAUGUUGCUAAAUCAAUAUCAUAAAUUAGUCAAAUCAUCUUUAACAUUUAAUAUAAAGAAACAAAUAAAACAGAACGAAAUAUUAAAUAAUUUAGGUAAUGAAAUAGAAAUAAAAAGAAAUGCAAUUAAUUCAUUGAAAAUGAAAAUAAUAAGUACCGAAGAAAUGAUUGAAAGUGAAACCAUAAAUGCAAAAAAGGAACUAUCUGAAGUAAAUAUAGUAUAUCAAAAUAAAAUAGACAAGUUGAAAAAGAAUAAUCAAAGAAAAAAGGAUGAAUUUACAAGAAUAUUACAGUUAUAA